CUGAACGUACAUUAUUUUCCAAGAACUUGUAUCUCAAAAUUAAAGAACGAAGAUAUCAAAGUAAAAAUAAAGUAAACAAGAAAAUAUUAAUAUCAAGAAAAUAAACUGGAUAACUUCAUACUCCACUUCUUCUCAGCAACAAGACACACACUCAGUCUGCUCUUCUCUUUACGAAACCAAAAAUAUCAAAAAAUCACAAUAAAAAUCUUCCUUAGAUAUUCAAUAAAUUCAACAGUCUGAUUACUAUUACUACUUCUUCAUGCUGCUGCUCAUUUUCUGAAUUACUUCUCAAAACCCUUUUCAUUUCUCUUCUUCUUCUUCUUCUUAGUCUGAUCAGAUCAUGGAGAAACAUUCAAACCGAAUGGAUUUAGAUGAAUGGGAAGUCCUUUCUGAUGAUGGGUUUUUCGAUUUACAUCAUCAGAAUCAUAACAAGAAGGUGUUAACAAUUGCUUCCGGGUUUGAGGAUUACUUCAUAUGUCCAUCACCACCAAAGAAAUCAGUUCUUGUCAAAAAGGAGGAGAAAAAAACAGAGGAGGAACGAAUUAUAGUAGUAAAAGAGAUGAUUAAAGUUCCUGUUGUUGAGAUCAAAAAUCCGAAAUUGGUACUAGUUGGAGAAGAUCACGAUACAAUUUCACAAGUCUUGUUUAAGAAAAUCAAGGAGAACGAAUUCGUGGAAAUGAAAUUAGACUCCCCCACACCAACAAUUGAACCAGGAGGAUCAAUUCAAUUUGAGGAUAAACAAGAAACAGAGAAUAAGAAAAUUGAUGGUGAUCAAGAGGCGGUGAAAAAGAAUUGUUUGGAUUCGGGUAUGAAAAAAGAUCAAAGAAACUUACAAGAAAGGAACAAUGGUGGUGGUUUGCAUAUCUGGAAGUGGAGGAUAACUGGAAUUGGAGCUCUCUGUUCUAUAGGAAUCACUGCAGCUACUAUCUGUAUUUUCAUUAUAGGAAACAGAAAAAAACAUCAUCAGCAGAAUCAAAAAUUCAGAUUCCAGAUUUAUGCAGAAGACAACGAGAGGAUUAAGCAAGUGGUUCACCAUGCAACUAAACUGAACAAUGCAAUUUCAGCAGCUAGAGGUGUUCCUCUCACAAGAGCUCAUAUUACCUUUGGAGGUUACUUUGAUGGCCUUUAAAUUACAAGCGCCGUCGAAACUCCUCAAUCCUUGGCAAUACAUUAUGUAAUUAAUCAAGUCGGUUAGGCUGUCAUCGUUCAUCAACAUCUUUACAGGAUGGUUUAUUUCUGAUGCUAAGUUAUGUAAAAUCUCUGUACAUUAAAAUAUAAAUGUAGUAUAGGAUGCAGGAUGGUUUUCAUGCUCUCUCCCUUGGA